AUGUCUCCCAUCAAAGGCGUAGCCGCGGCCUCAAAGAAGGCCAAAUUCAACUGGCAUGACACCAAAUACAUGCUUGCCUUCGGCGACUCGUACACGUAUGUGCAAGGGACUGCUGGACGACAGAACUCGACUUUCAUCGGCGACUACUUCAACUUCUCGUUCAGCGAAGAGAAGCUGUUGAGUGACAAGAUCGUCCAGAAUCAGACUGGAACUGCUGAAGGAGGACCAAAUUGGGUCGAGUAUCUUACUGGCUGUGGUCUCAAAGCAGGCCUUACUUCACCACUGUCAUGCAAGACGCAGCUCUGGGACUUUGCCUUUGGGGGUGCAGAUAUUUCGACCAAAUAUACCCCACGUCACCACAACUAUACAGUCAUGCUAGAAGAACAAGUCCAGCAGUUCCUGACUUAUGCUCAACCCACACUGUCCAACUUCGUCGAGCCGUCAAAGACUCUGGUUGCCUUCUGGAUCGGCAUCAACGAUAUCAACGACAGUGCCAAAUACGCCGUUGACUUUCCCGUCUUUUACGAUGAACUCAUCACCACACUCUUUGAGUCCGUUCAAAGCGUUUACGAUGUGGGAUAUCGCAACUUCCUCUUCAUGAACCUUCCCCCUUUGGACCGCACACCAGGCAACGUUCUCAAACCCACUCCUCUCCCCAAUACCACCAUGAUAAACUGGUGGGAUGACACUCUGUCUUCACACAUUGACGUCUUCAACAUGCAAAACCCCUGUGCCAAUGCUUUUGGCUUCGAUGUCAAUGGUUUCCUGAAUGGCGUCUUGGAUCAUCCUGAUAAAUAUGGGAUUAAGAAUGUCACAGGGUACUGCAAGAGUUAUGAUCAACCGUAUGUGGAUACUGAUCCGGAAGCUUAUGGGUGUUUGCCGUUAAGUGAGUAUGCGUGGUUCAACGAUGGGCAUAUGACUUCGAGGAUUCACGAGGUGCUUGCUAAAGAGGUGGGACAGUUCUUGAAGAAGCAGUAG